CGGGAUGUUUCCGGAAGUGGUUGCCCUCCAUUAAUACAACGAGAGCGCGACGCAGUUUGACAAAAAGACUCAGCCAUGUCGCCUGGGCCUGUUCAAAUAGUUCAGCCGGAGCCGACCAUCAAGCAGAAUGAUGCACCUGUAGAGGAAACUCCAGCCACCAAACCUAUUGUUGGUAUAAUCUAUCCACCUCCUGAGGUCCGAAAUAUUGUCGACAAGACAGCCAGCUUUGUUGCUAGGAAUGGGCCUGAGUUUGAAGCAAGAAUCCGUCAGAAUGAGAUCAACAAUCCAAAGUUCAAUUUCCUCAACCCCAAUGAUCCCUAUCAUGCUUAUUACCGUCACAAAGUUAAUGAAUUUAAGGAGGGUAAAGCACAGGAGCCAUCUGCUGCAGUGCCCAAAGUUAUGCAGCAGCAGGCUUUGCAGCAAUCCCAGCAGCUUCCUCAGAAGGUGCAAUCCCAGGUGAUUCAAGAGACUGUUGUCCCCAAAGAGCCACCUCCCGAGUUUGAGUUCAUAGCAGAUCCUCCAUCAAUCUCAGCAUUUGAUCUAGAUGUUGUCAAGCUCACGGCACAGUUUGUUGCUCGCAAUGGCCGUCAGUUUCUUACCCAACUGAUGCAGAAGGAACAGAGGAACUACCAGUUUGAUUUCCUGAGACCACAGCACAGCCUCUUCAACUACUUCACAAAACUGGUUGAGCAGUACACAAAGAUUCUGAUCCCUCCUAAAGGCCUACUGACCAAGCUCAAGAAAGAAGCUGAGAACCCAAAAGAGGUUAUGGACCAGGUACGGUACCGUGUUGAGUGGGCAAAGUACCAGGAGCGUGAGAGAAAAAAGGAGGAAGAGGAAAGGGAGAAAGAACGGGUAGCAUAUGCCCAGAUCGAUUGGCAUGACUUCGUGGUCGUCGAGACAGUUGAUUUCCAACCCAAUGAACAAGGCCACUUCCCCCCACCUACUACUCCAGAGGAGCUGGGUGCUCGCAUUCUUAUCCAGGAGCGUUAUGAGAAGUAUGGAGAAAGUGAAGAGGUGGAGAUGGAGGUUGAGAGUGAGGAUGAUGAAGAUGAACGGGAGAAUCGGGGUGAAGGACACGCUUCACAACCUGAUCAAGACACCCAAGUGCAGGACAUGGAUGAGGGAUCUGAUGAUGAUGAGAUGAGCAUGAAAGCACCAUUGCCACCUGACAACCCCAUGCCACCCCCACUCCCUCCAACUCCAGACCAGGUUAUUAUUCGUAAAGACUACGAUCCCAAAGCCUCCAAACCGCAGCCCUCAAUUACAACUCCGGAUGAGUACCUUAUCUCUCCAAUUACUGGUGAGAAGAUUCAGGCCAGUAAGAUGCAGGAGCACAUGCGCAUUGGCCUGCUGGAUCCACGCUGGCUAGAACAAAGAGACCGCAGCAUCAGAGACAGACAGACCGAGGAUGAAGUGUAUGCUCCUGGUUUGGAUAUCGAGAGCAGCUUGAAACAACUUGCUGAGAGGCGUACUGAUAUCUUUGGUGUGGAAGAGACAGCCAUCGGUAAGAAGAUUGGUGAAGAAGAAAUCCAGAAGCCAGAAGAGAAGGUUACCUGGGACGGCCACUCAGGAAGCAUGGCUCGCACACAACAGGCAGCACAGGCCAACAUAACUCUGCAAGAGCAGAUUGAAGCCAUUCAUAAGGCCAAAGGACUGGUGGGAGAAGAUGACGCUAAGGAGAAGAUUGGCCCAAGUAAACCAAGUGACAUUCAUCACCACCAUCCCAUGCCGUCUUCUUCAAUGACUUUACCUAAACCCAGUCCUCCUAUCACAUCAAUGCCUCGCCCACCUAUUAACAUGGCCCCUCCAGUGCGCACCACCCUCUUGUCUGCUGUACCUGUAAUCCCAAGACCUCCGGUGGUCCGCCUGGCACCAGGACAGGUUUUGGCAUCGAUGCCUCCCAUGAUUCCUGCUCCCCGUAUCAAUGUGGUUCCCAUGCCACCAUCAGCACCCCACGUCAUGGCCCCACGACCACCUCCAAUGGUUGUUCCAACAGCAUUUGUUCCUGCUCCUCCAGUACCACAACCACCAACAUCUGCCCCUGCACCACCUGCUCAUCCACCCCCACCACAUGAUGAUGAACCAGUCAGCAAGAAGAUGAAGACAGAAGACAACCUCAUUCCAGAGGAUGAGUUCCUUCGCAGAAAUAAGGGUCCGGUGGCGGUUAAAGUGCAGGUUCCCAACAUGCAGGAUAAGACUGAAUGGAAGCUGAGUGGCCAAGUGUUGAAUUUCACUGUGCCACUUACAGACCAGGUUUCUGUUAUCAAGGUCAAAAUUCAUGAAGCUACAGGCAUGCCAGCUGGAAAACAAAAGCUGCAGUAUGAGGGUAUUUUCAUCAAGGAUUCCAACUCCCUGGCGUAUUACAACAUGACCAAUGGAUCAGUCAUUCAUUUGGCCCUGAAGGAGAGAGGUGGAAGAAAGAAAUAAGGCUUGCUACAAGAGGGAAACAAUGUUUUAUCACUCAUGUUGUGUCAUUGUAGUUUUAAUGGUAAUUUUUGGUAUUAUUCAUACAACUAUAUGUGAAGAACAUGUUCUUGAAUGGUUAAAGAAUUAUAACAUUUCUGGCAGCCAUGUAGUUUAACUCCUGAUUUGUUUAUGAUGGCACGCAUGACUUUAUAUACACAUGUAACUUGUAAGGAUGCAGAACGCCGAAUGAUGUCAAUUCAAUUAAAGGAAUUAAAUAAUUACAUCUGCAUUUUA